UUUCUAGAUCACGUAGUAUCAAUGAUGGAUGCUUUAAAAACAGCACCACUUCCUCUGGGCGUGUGGUUUGUAUUAUCUGCCAUGAUCAUGUGCUACAUCAAGGGCGCUACAUCCUGAAAAACUAAGUGGAUGUAGCUGCUGCCUCGUGCGCAUAUGCAGAGAUGGCGCUGACAGUAAAGGACGUAUUAAUACAUGAUGUCCAAGUCUACAAUGGAGCAGUUCACCGUGUUGAGGACCCCUCAGAGAGAUUCUUUGUGAAAAUUUUAUUUGAAGGGGAUGAGAGGCAGAUAGCCAUGAACAGGUCUAGAGUGUCAACUCCGAUGCAUUACUGCGAUGAGGAGUUAGUGUUUCCACUGAAGGAAUCCUUGCAGACCAGCGGUACCCAAUCACUCAAGCUUGACGUGUACCAACGUGACAUUAGAGCAAUAGACAUGUUUAUCGGUACAUUGGAUAUAUCUCUUGGUCUUCUCAUAAAUAACAGAUACCAAUCCCCACCACUCUCUUUAAAGAACGAGUCACUGGAGGAGUCUACAGUCAGUGUGACAGUGGAGUACGAUGAUCCUAGCAGUCCUGCCAAGGAGAUACAUGAUGGGUCCCUCACACUAGGAGAGGUGAGAGCUGCCUUGUGGGGUGCUCGUUAUGAAUGGAUCGACCUGGGGCUUGCGUUGGGUAUACCACACAGCACAAUACAGGUGAUUGAGAUGGACCACCGUACCAUAAUAGAUCGUUUCACUGCAAUGCUUAGAGAAUGGCUGAUGAUCUCAUCCAACUCCACCUGGUCUGAUCUGGUUAAAGCCCUGAGGUCACCAACCGUUCACCGUCCUAUCGUUGCUAUUAGGAUUGAGGACAAGUACAUCAAGAGUGAUGUCUCCUCAGUGCAGGAAAAGGAGAAUACAGCAAGGUCUUCUAUGCUUCAAAGGGCACGCAUGGAAGCUGCCUUGUGGGGUGCUCGUGCAAAAUGGUUUGAGUUGGGGCUUGCUUUGAAUCUAUCUGAGGAAACACUAGAGAUCUUCAUAAUGGGUAUUGGUGUGGAGUUGUGGAGAGCUCGUAUUGGGUUGUUCAAUGGUGGAAGAGGAGGGCGGCCACGUAAAGCUUCCCUGGCUCACCAGAAGCUACAGUGUGAUGUUACUAUCAUAGUCACAAAGGUGUUGUGGACGCAGUAUGCUGAAGACACUACCAGCCAUCGUGAUAAGUGUGUCGUUGAAUCAGUACUAAAUAAUGCAACAGACAAAGCUCCUCCCAGUAACUGUCAUGAAGAUGUGGUUUCUGAAAAGAAAAAAGAAUCAGUGACUUUCACGACUAACCAUAUUCGCAAUCAUUCCUCAAGUAUUUGUAUUGGCCUCACCCUGAUCUUAAUAGGAGCAAUACUUGUCUUCGUCUCUCUUCUCCUGUUAUUGGCCGGAGAUGUAGAGCUAAACCCUGGACCUGGACUGGCUACUGUUCUGACUAUCUCUGACAUACUUGAGGUGUAUGAUAAGGUGAGGAGUGCUAGUCCGAACUGGUUCAACCUGGGACUUGCGUUGAAGCUGAGCUAUACCGACUUAACCAACUUUCGUGAGACCUACCGUGGUGAGAAUGAUGUGUGUUUGCGUGAGGCCCUAGCUCGUCGACUGCAGUCAGGUGAUCCUCUAACUUGGGGAGGAAUGUGUACUGCUCUCAGAAACUCUAUGGUGGCAAGAAAUGAUGUAGCUGAAGCAAUAGAGGGAAGUCUAAAGAGAGUCUCAGAAAGACUUGAGAGAGCUCAAAACAGCACUACAAAAACUGCCUCGGUGUCAUCCAUUGAGUCAUUGGAUGGUGCAAUCAGUGAAGUAGUCUCUAUAUCUCGAAGUACGGCAGAGUUAGAAGUGGAUUCGAUGGAAAUGCAAAUAGUAUUCAACAAAUUUGUGUCACAGCUGUGCCAGUCACUUGAAGUUCGAAGAAUUGAUAAAGACUCUUUGGUUGCUUGCUUGAUGGGGUUUAACUCUCUAAAGAAGGUUUUUGGCAAAACAAAUCAGUGUGUUUUCAGGAAUCAAAGAAAUAAACUUAGGAAAUGUUCAACUUCUGCAGAAGUUUGGAAAAUUAUUGCUGACUAUUUCUCCUUCUUUAACUAUGAAAUGGUUGAUCACAUUACAGACAGUUUCGGAACAGCCGAGGACAAAGAGAAGAUGAAACUCUACAAAGCCAAUUUUGUGGAGUAUGUUAAACGACGAAUACGUCCAGUGACUAGUUCAGAUUCCAGAGAAGAUACCGUCACUAUGAUUGUACAACUUGAUUCUACGUAUGACGAUUGUGAACUGAAUCGACUAAAGCUAUUCGAACGGAAUCUAUGCUCCAUCUUAAAAAUCAGUAAAGGUUGUGUCGAGCUGUUGCCCUAUUCCAUAACAAGUGACAUUUUUCCACUGUCAACUGAUCGAGAUGUGCAUAAUUAUCAAGCUGAGUGUCGAUCGGAUAAAGGUGAUAACACAUCCAGGUUCAGUUUAGAUACUGUUCUGACUAUCUCUGACAUACUUGAGGUGUAUGAGAAGGUGAGGAGUGUUAGUCCGAACUGGUUCAACCUGGGACUUGCGUUGAAGCUGAGCUAUACCGACUUAACCAACUUUCAUGAGACCUACAGUGGUGACAAUGAUGUGUGUUUGCGUGAGGCCCUAGCUCGUCGACUGCAGUCAGGUGAUCCUCUAACUUUGGGAGGAAUGUGUACUGCUCUCAAAAACUCUAUGGUGGCAAGAAAUGAUGUAGCUGAAGCAAUAGAGGGAAGUCUAGAGAGAGUCUCAGAAAGACUUGAGAGAGCUCAAAACAGCACUACAAAAACUGCCUCGGUGUCAUCCAUUGAGUCAUUGGAUGGUGCAAUCAGUGAAGUAGUCUCUAUACCUCGAGAGUUAGAAGUGGAUUCGAUGGAAAUGGAAACACUAUUCAACAAACUUGUGUCACAGCUGUGCCAGUCACUUGAAGUUCGAAGAAUUGAUAAAGACUCUUUGGUUGCUUGCUUGAUGGGGUUUAACUGUCUAAAUAAGGUUUUUGGCAAAACAAAUCAGUGUGUUUUCAGGAAUCAAAGAAAUAAACUUAGGAAAUGUUCAACUUCUGCAGGUGUUUGGCAAAUUAUUGCUGACUAUUUCUCCUUCUUUGACUAUGAAAUGGUUGAUCACAUUACAGACAGUUUCGGAACAGCCGAGGACAAAGAGAAGAUGAAACUCUACAAAGCCAAUUUUGUGGAGUAUGUUAAACGACGAGUACGAGUGACUAGUUCAGAUUCCAGAGAAGAUAUCGUCACUAUGAUUGUACAACUUGAUUCUACGUACGACGAUUGUGAACUGAAUCGACUAAAGCUAUUCGAAUGGAAUGUAUCCUCCAUCUUAAAUUUGAACGAUCAUGUUUUAAAACUUAGUAAAAUCAGUAAAGGUUGUGUCGAGCUGUUGCCCUCUUCCAUAACAAGUGACAUUUUUCCACUGUCAACUGAUCGAGAUGUGCAUAAUUAUCAAGCUGAGUGUCGAUCGGAUAAAGGUGAUAACACAUCCAGGUCCAGUUUAGGGUCCCUCACACUAGGAGAGGUGAGAGCUGUCAUGUGGGGUGCUCGUUAUGUAUGGAGGAAGCUGGGGAUUACGUUGGGUCUACCACACGGCACAAUACAGGUGAUUGAUAAGGACCACCGUACCAUAACAGAUUGCUUCACUGCAAUGCUUAGAGAAUGGCUGAUGAUCUCACCCAACCCCACCUGGUUUGAGCUGGUUGAAGCCCUGAGGUCACCAACCGUUCACCUUAAUGUUUUAGCUGAUGAGAUUGAGGACAAGUACAUCAAGAGUGAUGUCUCCUCAGUGCAGGAAAAGGAGGAUACAGCAAGGUCUUCUACGCUUCAAAGGGCACGCAUGGAAGCUGCCUUGUGGGGUGCUCGUGCAAAAUGGUUUGAAUUGGGACUUGCUUUGAAUCUAUCUAAGGAAACACUAGAGGCUAUUCGUAAGAACCGUACUGUCUUGGCAGAUCGUUUCACUGCAAUGCUUGGAGAAUGGUUCCAGUCCUCACCCAACCCCACCUGGUCUGAGCUGGUUAAAGCCCUGAGGUCACCAACCAUUAACCGUCCUGACAUUGCUGCUGAGAUUGAGGACAAGCUAAUCAAAAUUAAUGACUCAUCAGAAAACAAGGACACAGCAGUGUUUCGAGGUUCCCUCGCACUAAGAGAGGUGAGAGCUGCCUUGUGGGAUGAUUGUACUGGAUGGAGGAGUCUGGGGAUUGAGUUAGAAAUACCAUACGAAACACUAAUGGCUAUUAAGAAGAUCCACCGUACCUCAAAAGAUCGCUUCACUGCAAUGCUUAGAGAAUGGCUGAUGAUCUCACCCAACCCCAUCUGGUCUGAGCUGGUUGAAGCCCUGAGAUCACCAACCAUUAUGCGUAUUGACAUUGCUGAUAAGAUUGAGAAGAAGUACAUCAAGAGUGAUGUCUCCCCAGUACAGGAAAAGGAGGAUACAGCAAGGUCUUCCAUGCUUCAAGGGGCACGCAUGGAAGCUGCCUUGUGGCAUGCUCGUGCUAAGUGGUUUGAGUUGGGGCUUGCUUUGGAUCUAUCUGAGGAAACACUAAAGGCUAUUCAUAAGAACCACACUGUCUUGGCAGAUCGUUUCACUGCAAUGCUUGGAGAAUGGUUCCAGUCCUCACCCAACCCCACCUGGUCUGAGCUGGUUAAAGCCCUGAGGUCACCAACCAUUAACCGUCCUGACAUUGCUGCUGAGAUUGAGGACAAGCUUAUCAAAAGUGAUGACUCAUCAUUACAAGAAAACAAGGACACAGCAGGGUCCCUCACACUAAGAGAGGUGAGAACUGCCUUGUGGAGUGCUCGUGCUAAAUGGAUGAGUCUGGGGCUUGUGUUGGGUCUACCAGUUGGAACACUAGAGGCUAUUCAGGAGGCAAACCUUACAAAUAUGCCGGGAGAUUGCUUCACUGAACUGCUUGCAGAAUGGCUCAAGUCCUCACCCAACCCAACCUGGUCUCAGCUGGUUGAAGCCCUGAGGUCACCAAUCAUUGACUAUCCUGGCAUUGCUGAUGAGAUUGAGGACAAGUACAUCAAGAGUGAUGACUCCUCAGUGCAGGAAAGCAAGGACACAGCAAGCUCAGCCUCUGUUGAAGAGCAGUUGAAGUACUUACACAAGCUGAACGAGUUGCUGACAGAUACAGAGAACACCAUCAACAUCCGCUAUCUCAAACUGUACCUAAUCGGCCUUUCAGGGCUCGGCAAAACCACCUUCCGAAAACGUCUGCUGGGUCACCUACUUAACCUAGCAUCAAUCCCACCACAAGACAGAAAACGCUGCAGCACUCUUCUUGCCGAGUGUAAUCAAGUCCUGGCUGUGUCAAGUGACUCCAAAUUGUUUCUCAAAGCCUCCACAGAUAUUGACAACGAAGCACAACUGAUUUUCGCUUACAUGAUUGGCCUUCAGCAAGUUGUAAAAGCCGCCAUUUCCAAAGUAGUUGAAUCUGCUGAUCCAACGAAUGAUCCCAUUGUUGAUGCAAUUGAUGCUUCUAUUGAUGAUUCUAAGCCAAAAGAAGAUUAUGAUACUCAUCCCACAGUUGAAGUUGAUCCGAGCAAAAAACAAGGAAACAAAGAAGCCAAAUCAAAGGCUCCAGAAACCAAUGUCGACACAAACGAAGAUUCUAAAGCUCAGCCAAGCACAAAGCAAGUUCCCCAGGAAGGAAGUAAGCCAGCCAAACCAAAGGCUCCAGAAACCAAGGUUGACAAGAUCAUUGAAAACCUUCGAAAUAUUGUCAAGCGCGGCAAUUACAUGGAACAGUUGGUAGGCACAGUUUUACUCAACAUCAUUGACAUAGGUGGGCAACCCGGCUUUAUGGAGAUGCUUCCAUUUUUGAGCAAAGGCCCAGGGAUGUUUCUCGCCUUCUUCCCUCUCGAUAAAGAUCUCGAUGAGCUUUAUGAGGUUUCCUACGAACAUGACCAAGACAAAAUCACCCCCUUCCAAGCAAAGUAUACAAUUCGAGAAACCCUCUCCCAAAUUCUUUCAGCCAUCAGCCAUCACGUCACCGUUGAUUCGGAUCUUGAUUCCAAGAUUGCCGAGAAAGUUGAACAUUUCGCAGAUCUUCAGGCUGUCGUGAGUCUAGUGGGCACUUACCAAGACGUGUUGGAAAUUCAAGCCAAGUCAGAAGUCGUUCAGGAAAAGCUCAAGGGGGAUUACCCCGGUCUUGACGCAAACACCCUGGAAGCCGCAAUACAGCUGAUUCUGGAGGUGCAGCAAGAAGUCGAAUCUGAGCAGAAGGUGGAGGAGAUCUUUUUCGAAUUUGAGGCAGAGGUUGGCAAGCAGGAUUCCUUUUCGAACAACCUGGUAGAACAUGUCGAGCAAAAAGCAAAAGCGAAGGCCACCACUGAUAAACAGCAGAAACCAACGACACCACAAGAGGAUACCGAAUUGCAAAGCAAAGUGGAAGUUCUCGAGAAAACUCUACCUCCUGAAAUCAAAAACAAAUUGAAACAGAACACACCCAAAGCUGUUCAACUUUUGCUCCAGAUGAAGCAAUGUAACGAAACCCUCUCCAAGUUAGCAAGUGCUGUUGAUAAGUUGAGCACAGAUUCUACCAUUCAAGCUGAAACUAAAAAACGUUUGCAAGCAAAACUCCAAGAGAAGCACAAAGUCUUAUCCACCAUUACCUCAAAUUUUGGUGAAGUCAUCAGCCACCCAGAUGACAGUCAUUUCUUCUCCGUGGACAACUUCCGUGGCGAAGAAGCUGACAUUGAUCCGAUUCGUAAACACCUUCAAACAGUGUUUGACUCACGUUUUGAUGAUGCUGAAAUCCAGAUUCGCCCUGCACAGCUCCUGUAUGGGAUCAUUCUACGAAAAGAAUUUGAAAUUGCGACGAUGGAAGAGUGCAUUCAGAUUGGCAAACAAUUGGAGAUGGAUGAAGAUGAGGUGAAGUUCACCAUUUGGUAUUUGCACCAGUGUGUGGGGGCCCUUCUCUACUAUCCUGACAUAAAGGACAAGGAGUCUUACUUCAAAAACCAUGUCAUCUGCAGCCCCAAUGUUGUCUUCAACAGCAUCAGUCUCCUGAUUGUCGAAUCUCUUCUAUCUCUACACUCAGGUGAUAAGAGGUCUCGUUUCACCGCUGCCGAGAUCAAGAAGUGGCAAGAAUUCGGGCAAUUCUCGAUUCCUGUGAUUAAACUCUGCUGUUCCAAGACGAAUAAAGCAAAAGUGAAGGAAGGUGAAUUGAUCCCGGUCGACAAGCUUGUGAAGUUGCUUGAGCAUGUCAGUCUCCUUGCACCCAUAGUUGGUAAAGGUCCCCAGCCAGUUUACUUCAUGCCAGCUAUCCUCGAGUGUGCCUCAAAGGAAGAGCUUUCAAAUGCUCCAGCCAUCGACUCCAACACACCCUCUCCAAUCAAGAUCACCUUCGAGUCUGGCUAUAUGCCCAUUGGUGUCUUCUGUGCCAUGAUCAGCAAGUUGGUUUCCGAGGGACAAAACAAGAUUUUGGGGCUGAAAUGGAAUCUGCGAGAAUCUCGUGUCAUGAGAAAUCUGGUCUCUUUCGAAGUCGAUAGUGCCAAACAUGACAUCACGCUGGUAGCCCACGUCAACUGCUACGAGAUUCGACUUACAAGACGUGAAGAUUGCAACAUGCAUGAUCUCUGCUCCUAUGUGCUGACUACCGUCCUGUAUAUGAUGAGCGGAAUUAGCAAGAAGAUCGAGCCGAUUAUUGCAUUCGAUUGUCAGUGCCCAAAGCAUCAAAAAGCUGAGGAGGUUUGUCUGUGCAAGCUGAAAAAUUUCUUUCGAUGCGAGCACGGCCGUGUUGACAGUCUACCACCCCAUCAGGAGUGCUGGUUUGCAAAGGAAGUUAAGCUGGAUGAGAAAGCUGUUCUUGAAGCCCUGCGAUUUGCUGACCCUGAUGACCUCUCCUUCAAGUGGACCAGGAAAGGCAGGAAGGUAGCGAGUGGAUCAGAUAACGAGCUCACUGUGAACAAAGUGACGAGGGAUCAUUGCGAUGGGUUCUACACUUGUGAAGUAUCCAAGAACAAGCAGCUCUGCUUCAAAGUGCACCACUGCUUGAGAUGUAUCAGUGAGGCCACAGCUACAGGUGAUGACAUAACUCUCAAGACUGUCAAAGAUGCUACUUGGGAUGCUCGUGCAAAGUGGGACCACCUGGCCAUUAACUUAGAUGUGGACGAGGGAACUAUUAAAAGCAUAGAAAGGUCCCACAAUGGUCGUGUGGACGAGUGUUUUGUUGCAAUGUUGGAGGCCUGGUUCAAGAAGGGAUCUCCGAGCUGGUCGGUCAUGGUGGAAGCUUUGAGAGCCCCCAGUGUGGAUAGACGGGGCCUAGCCAACAAUAUUGAGAAGAAAUUUAUGAACAACAGUGAAUAACUACUUGUAUACCUGUUAUUAAAUUUGUCUCGAUUUUUGUACCUUUUAUACUCCAAAAAUGAUGUGUGUG